UCUCAACGUUCUGAUUCAUUGAUUCACAUUCAUGGCUGAAGAUCAGAGCACAAAACCAUCACUCAUGGAGUCACGACAACCGCACCCUCUUUACCAAAUCGCCGAAACUCCAACCCACAAACUCCUCCUCAAGCAAUGGCUCAAAGAAGAAGAGCUAAUUCUCAACAGAAUCUCUCUUAAAGAGACUCAAAUCGACUCAGUCCGUAAGGAAUUAACACAACUCUACAUCUUCUUCUUCCUCUUUCACUCAAUCUCCCUCAUUCUCCUCUUCAACGCCUCCAACGCUGAAAAGGGUUCCUGCAAAAGGUCAUGGAUUCCCUCCUUGUGUUUACUCCUCUGCUCUCUGGGGAUGAUCUGGGCUGUUAGAUACAAGUCUGAUGUUGAGAGCCACUUGGAGAAGCUCUUGGAGAGAGAAAAGGAGGAUGCGAAGUUGUUGGCUAAGUGUGUCGAGGAGUUGAAGAAGAAGGGUAUUGAGUUUGAUCUUUUGAAAGAAGUUGAUGCGCUGAGGAGGGCUAAGAGUUUGAGAGUUGAAGCUAAAGCUGUUAGAAAAUGGUCAGCAAGGGACUUCGUUACAAUGUUUUUCUUUAGUGUUUCUUGUGUUGUUCUUGGCUUGACUAGAGUCAUUUUGUGUAGUUAGAUUUAGGGUGUUAGCAGAUGGAUUUGGGGUUUUUUUGUCCAUUAAAUUGGGGGAGAAUUGGUUUUGGGAUGUGCCCACAAGUGCAGAAUAUUCUGUUCUGCUUUUGCAAUUUGGUAAUUUAUAUGGAUAACUAUGAAAUAAUAUAAUGAAUAUUUGUUUU